AUGUAUGUAGAUGACAUCAUAAUCAAAUCCCGUGAGGGUUCGGAUCACUUGACUCACUUGAGAAAGUUCUUUGAUCGUUUGCACCGAUACAAUUUGAAGUUAAAUCCCGCCAAGUGUACGUUUGGGGUGCCAGCUGGCAAGUUGUUGGGAUUCAUAGUUAGCAGAAUAGACAUUGAGCUUGAUCCUUCCAAGAUCAAAGCAAUUCAAGAGUUACCUCAUCCAAAGACCACGAAAGAGGUGAUGAGUUUCCUGGGAAGGUUGAACUACAUCAGUCGGUUCAUAGUUCAAUCCACCGUGGUUUGUGAGUCCAUCUUUAAGUUGUUGAAAAAUGAUGUCUUGACCAAGUGGACCGGAGAAUGUCAAACUGUUUUUGAUACCAUUAAGAACUAUUUUUCCAAUCCACCGGUGUUGGUUCCUCCACGAGAGGGAAGUCCACUACUACUGUAUAUAUUUGUCUCGAAUAACGCAUUGAGAUUCAUUUUUGGUCAACAUGACAAAACUGGGAAGAAGGAGCGAGUCAUUUAUUACUUGAGCAAGAAAUUCACUCUAUAUGAGGAUGGACCCAUUGAAGUAUAUUUUUUACAGAAAGCGAUGCCGACCGGGAAGUUAGCUAAAUGGAAAAUGCUUAUGAGUGAGUUUGACAUUGUGUAUGUGACUCAAAAGGCGAUAAAAGCACAGGCCUUGGUUGAUCAUAUUGUGGAGAAUCCAGUUGAUGAGGAGUACGAACGGCUCAAGACUUAUUUUCCCGAUGAAGAAGUUGCAUUUGUGGGUGAAAAUAUUUCUGAACCAUACCCUGGUUGGAGAGUAUUCUUUGAUGGAGCGAUAAACCACCAAUGUAGAGGUAUCGGAGCGGUGUUAGUGUCAGAAACCGGUCAGAAUUAUCAUAUGGCGGCUAAACUCCGAUUUGAUUGCACAAAUAGCAUGGUUGAAUAUGAAGUUUGCAUCAUCGGUCUCAAGAUUGCAAUUAAUGUGAAUGUUCAUGAGCUGUGGACUCCAGAUUUAGGCCUUCUCAGAUGCAUUGAUACUAGUGAAGCUGCAAAGCUUCUUGAACAGAUACAUGCUGGAGUCAGCGGUACUCAUAUGAAUGGGGUCACUUUGGUGCAUGGUGAUUUGAUUUGUGUGCUGCCCCAUGAACUCAAUGAUAUGAGUUCAUCUUGGCCAUUUGUAGCUUGGGGCAUGGAUGUCAUUGGUCCAAUAGAGCCAGCCACCUCUAAUGGACACAGAUUCAUUUUAGUUGCCAUUGACUAUUUAACCAAGUGGGUGGAAGUAGCUUCGUACAAAUUGGUAACCAAGAAAGUUGUAGCUGAUUUUGUUCGCAACAAUUUGUUAUGUAGGUUCGGAGUACCGGAAUCCAUCAUUAUUGAUAAUGGAGCAAAUAUCAACAAUCACUUAAUGAAAGAGUUAUGUGAACAAUUGAAGAUUACUCACCGGAACUCAACCGCCUACCGUCCCAAACGAAUGGCGUAG